GUUGAGCCGAGUUAUUCAAAACUGUCAGUGAAAGUGAAAUAUGGAUUGCAACUAAAAUCAGUGGGUUGCAAGCGAAACUGUAGUCCAUCCCUCCAUCCACUGAAACAUGGAUUCUCAACUAGCCGAUGGCGAGCUUUUCGGGCAAGGUGCCAAGUGGCGGGGCACGUUGCACGGUUAUGGUGAAGUCUCGUACGAGUUUCUUCUGAAUAUCCCAAGUAUCCCACCAGGCGUUACACAGGCACGAAAAGAGCUCGAGCUUGGUCCAGCAAUAUGGGCAAGGACAGCACAUUGCGUCUGCAAACCUUUGGGCUUAGAUGAAAGCGUUGUGGUGUACUUUUUCUUCUUUGAUGAUCGAGGAUAUUGUGAUAUUCGUUAUAAUGCUGAUGUGUCGUCAUUUUCAUGGCCUAAGCCACAAUGUGACUCAUCGUUACUUUCUUGUUCAUGAUUUGUACGACACGAAGUCAUAAUUUCCCAUCAGGUCCUCAGACUCUUCUGCGAGGCUUCUAUUACAGUCUCUGGUGAAACCAGAUCUCGGGAAGCUCUGUCUGCGUGAAUACAGAAAGGAGAAGGUAGCAACAUUAUUCUGGAUUGUGUUUCCUUGCUGCUUUUAAAACAGUAACAGACCCAUGAUGAACAUAGCACAUGACCCUUGAUGAAUAUUACAGCAAGAGCAAAGAUGAGUACUCAAGAUAACUAUUGUCUUGAUGGUGAAUGAUCACUCGUCCAACGUCCCCGUGAGUGCGUAGGUUGAUCUCGAUCUCAUCAGGUCCACCUGCUCGUCGGCGGCGACGAGUCAUGGACACCAGCCGAGCCGCCUUCUGUAGAAGUUUCCUUGGUCCGAAAAGGCAAGGUUGUGAAUCGUGGACCUUUGGGGAGUGCCCUAGCAGAAGAACUGGCGGACAUGGUCGUUUACGCGGCUCACAGUGGCAGACUGCAAGACUUGGAUCACCUAUUGGUGCAGCAUAAGGUACUCCUUCCUUGUAAGUAUGUUGAUCCACGUCUCUAAAAAAUUCGUUAUUUCUCUACUACGAAUCCCCUACGACUAUGAUGCAAGCUUUUUUGCCUGACUAGUACAGCACCACACUUUACAAAAACGUGAGGUCAACUACAUCCAUGCAUUUUUCUUCGUUAUUGUCCUUCAUCCACAACCUUUGGGAUUUAUGUUUUUCGUGAUUUAGACGUCCUAUAAUCCUAUCUUUCUUCAAAUGUGUUGAAAAAUCCUUCCCGUUCUCAGGACCUUGCGGUCGACGUCCGCGCGACAUUUGGACCAUGUGAGGGCAUGCUACCUAUUGAAGCAGCAAGCGAAAAGGGACGAUUCGACAUAGUAGAGUACCUUCUCAACGAAAAGAAGUCUCCACUCGGAAAGGCACUAGAUGCAGCGUGUCGAAAGCAUGAUAACCUAGAGGUUAUCAGGAAGCUGUUGCAAAGCGGAGCAUUGCCGGAAGAAGGUACUAGUACUAGUAGUAAGGGCAAUCCUCAUGAUUCCAAUGAUGAUACAUAUCUGACUCUUCUAUAUUUUUUGAAUAUGCUGAGGCUUCUUGUAAGUAGUAUCCACGAAUCCACGAAAAAAUCAGGUGUCCAGACCGUCUGCAUCAGAGGCGACGAACGUGCACUAGCUGUCCUUCUCGAUUUUCAGACUUCUCUCCCCAGUCUAGAGACUGGUCUCCUAGUAGCCGCAAAGAAUGGCAAUGGAGCGUGUUUGUUGAAGAUCCUGAACGUCCUGCGCGGAUCAUACCUGAGACAGCCGACAUUGACAGAAGCACUCCACGUAGCGUGCAAGGCAGGGAGGACGAGCACGAUCAAGAUCUUGCUCGAUCACGGUGCAGACCCCUAUUCGAAAAGUGGGGGUGCUGAUAUUAUGAUGUGGUUAUCUCAGCUAGUCACGGAACCAGCACACGAUUCACAGCUCCAGAGACUGAGCCCAUGAUCGUUGAGUAGCCCCGUCAUCUAAGUACUUCCUACUUCUUUGAGAGAUGAAAGAUCAUGACCAUCAAGCCACUAUGCUAUCGACAACAAGCACCUCCACUCUUUAACCCUCGCGGCAAUGAGACUCCGCCAAUGGACGCUUUUGAGACCUGCAGGAUGGUCGAAAAUGAACACGUGAUAGCAGACGUGCUCUCGAAAUGGCAGAAGCCGCGACCGCCAGGUAGAAAUGUCCUCCAGGAAAUCCAGAUGCAAAACGCCGGGAUCGAUCUAGGAAGAGCAGCGCAAAUCGCGUGAGGCUCGUGUGGGUGAAACAGAUGCAGAUGAUUCGAUGUUAUAAUUUUGAUGAUAUUUUAUUCCUCGACUAGAAUGAAAAAUUAUGGUGGAUACGCGAAUAUGAAUUAGAUCAAAAGAACCAGUGUAGUAGAGGACCACGCUAAAACAGAAGUCUUCAUCGUGACAGGCAGGAGUGUGUGCAUAAAACAAAAUCCAAUGAUGUCAUAUUCUCGCGUGAGGCGCAGUGCUCCUGCUCCAAAAUCAAAUCUAACGAAAGAGGAGUCAACCUCAACAAAAUGUUCAAUUCGUCGUACGUAGACGCACACUUAAAACACCUUCCGUGACCUUAACCUUUGAGGACCCAGCGUUUGUUUCGUUCGAAAGAGUGCAGCCCCCUCUACAACGCUGUAAAGCAAAAACACCA